GUGGUCAUGAUUCCCCUCUUGCUGGCUGCUUUAGUUUUAGUUUCCCUCCUCCAAGAUAAAAAAAAUCUACCAGAGGAGCAAACUAAAAAUUAAAGAGGGCUUUGAUCGGUUUCUUUAGAAUCUCUUCUCCUUCUUCUCCUUCUCCUUCUCCUUCCUUUUUCCUCUUCUUUAAAUCCUGCUUUGGUUUGAUCAAUGGAGGAACAACUCAAUCCUUUGGCCGUGACUCAUCUCCUGCAACACACCCUGAGAAGCUUGUGCAGCAACAAAAGCUCCCAAUGGAUUUAUGCCGUCUUCUGGAGGAUCUUGCCGAGAAAUUACCCACCUCCCAAGUGGGAUCUUCCAGGAGGGGUUUAUGACAGAAGUAGAGGAAACAGGAGGAAUUGGAUACUUGCAUGGGAAGAUGGUUUCUGCAAUUUUGCUGCUAAUCCCACAGCCUGUGAUCAAUUAGCAGCAGGGGCUUCAUCAGCUUAUGAAGAAUGCGAAAAUGUCAAAGGCCUUCAGCCGGAGCUCUUCUUCAAGAUGUCCCACGAGAUCUACAACUAUGGAGAAGGCUUUAUUGGAAAAGUUGCAGCAGAUCACAGCCAUAAAUGGGUGUUUAAGGAACCUCAAGAUCAAGAGAUCAAUUUCCUCUCCACUUGGAAUAACCCUGCUGAUUCACAACCAAGAACUUGGGAGGCUCAGUUCCAAUCCGGCAUCAAGACCAUUGCUCUGGUUGCUGUCAGGGAAGGUGUUGUGCAAUUAGGAUCCGUCAACAAGGUGGUGGAGGACUUAAGCUUCAUCGUGUUGCUCCGCAAGAAGUUUAGCUACCUCGAGAGCAUCCCCGGCGUCCUCCUCCCCCACCCUUCCUCUUCCUCCUCCUCGGCCGCCGCCGCCUUCCCCAUCGUCGACGGGUGCAACAUGGCCGCCGCCGGCCUUCACUGGACCCCCGCGCCGCCGCCCCCCUUCCCCACACCAGAAUUCUACGACCAGUACCUGGCGACGCAGCAGAUGAGGAUCGCGCCGUCGAUGAGCAGCCUCGAGGCGUUGCUCUCCAAGCUUCCGCCGGUGGCACCGCCACCUGGAUUCAUGGAGAUGCCCCCACCAGCCGUGCCAGCGAAGGAGGAGGACCUAGAGGAGGAGAUGGAAACGUUGCAGCAGCAGCAGCAGCAGUCGCUUCAGGGUGGAGACCAUGGCGAGAGCAGCAGGUCAUUGCCUUCGUAUUAUCUCAAUGUGAGCAAAUUACCAGGUCAAGAUCAUGAGGGUUUCUAAUUAAUAAUUAAUGAAAUUAUUAUUAUUAUUACUACUACUAGUUGUUAGGGAGUGAUCUAUAAAAAAAAAUAUCGUGAAGAUUAAUCUAUUGAAUCAACUUAAUCAUAUUAAUCUCCCUUAUUAAUUAAGUUAGAUGCUUACUUGGUGCUAGCAAUCAAAGACCUUUAUAAUUUGUAGUGAUUAAUCAACUUGUAUAUUUAUGUUUAAACAGUAAACAUUGUUGAUUGCUUA